AUUACAGCAACGAUUUGUUUUGUUUAAUGAAUAUGAAGAAAAUCGUGUAUAUCACAAUUUUGUUCUCGUGUGUAUUAGCACAUACUCGUGAUGCAUCAAACUCGAUUACUGCAAACCAAGAAACAACUGAUAAACCAUCGUUUUUUGAAAAAACUAAGGAAAAAUUGGGAAAUUUCGGUCGUCAUUUGCUAGAUAUACCCAAAUAUAUUUUUGGAAGAUGGGUUAAUCGAGGGAAAACAGCCGAAGAAAAUUUAGCGGUUUCAGUGGAUGAGAACCAAAUUGAACAGAAAAAAUCAAAUAGUUCUUCUCUUAGAAGUUACAAGAACGGUAUAAAGGAAGACAGCGAUGAAGAACAAUUCGCAAGAGAAACUACUGAUGAACAAAUGUAUGAAAAUAACUCCAAUAUUAGAAAUGACAAUAAAAAUCUAAAAUCCAAAAUAAAUCUCCAACAUAAUGAUGAUCAAGAUUUGAUACAAACUAAGUCAGUUUUUAGAAAUGAUUUGACCAAUGUAAAUGAACACAGUGAUAAUAACUUGGUAACAUCAAAUAUUUCCUCUACUACAAACGAAGAGAAAACUCAAAAUAAAAACACUCAGGCUUCUGUACCAUCAGUAAUAUGGAAAGAGAAUGAUGAUUUCCUCAAUGAAUUGAAGCAGAAUAAUGCAAGCCAAGAAACAACUGAUAAAUCAUCGUUUUUAGAAAAAACUAAGGAACAAUUGGGAAAUUUCAGUCGUCAUUUGCUAGAUAUACCCAAAUAUAUUUUUGGAAGAUGGGUUAAUCGAGGGAAAACAGCCGAAGAAAAUUUAGCGGUUUCAGUGGAUGAGAACCAAAUUGAACAGAAAAAAUCAAAUAGUUCUUCUCUUAGAAGUUACAAGAACGGUAUAAAGGAAGACAGCGAUGACGAACAAUUCGCAAGAGAAACUACUGAUGAACAAAUAAAUGAAAAUAACUCCAAUUUUAGAAAUGACAAUAAAAAUCUAAAAUCCAAAAUAAAUCUCCAACAUAAUGUUCAUCAAGAUUUGAUACAAACUAAGUCAGUUUUUAGAAAUGAUUUGACCAAUAUAAAUGAACACAGUGAUAAUAACUUGGUAACAUCAAAUAUUUCCUCUACUACAAACGAAGAGAAAACUCAAAAUAAAAACACUCAGGCUUCUGUACCAUCAGUAACAUGGAAAGAGAAUGUUGAUUUCCUCAACGAAUUGAAGCAGAAUAAAAUCAAGAGACCAUUUGCAACUCUAAAUUCUUAUCCAUUAUACAAGUAUCAAAAAACAAUUAAUCCAGAUUUGAAUUUUUACCCCGAUUUCUUCGAUGCACGAAUAGCAUUUCCAUACUGCUACGAUAUCAUUGACACAAUAGCAGACCAAUCUGCUUGCGGCGCAUCUUGGGCUUCUGCAGCAGCUUCAGUGAUGAGCGACAGGCGUUGCAUUGCAUCCAAAGGUUUACUGAGAACUCCCGUUUCUGCUGAAGAUUUAAUGUCCUGCUGUGCACCUUGCGGGUUCGGUUGCGUCGCAGGAUUGGUAGACGAGGCUUUCAACUGGUGGGCUACGCAUGGUAUAGUAACAGGAGGUCGUUACAACAGUAAUUCUGGAUGUAAACCGUAUACUUUACCAAUGUGUAGCCAUUAUAUUAACACUGGUUACACGAAUUGUUCAGCAAUGAACGAUUUAAGAACACCUGAGUGCGUUAAGAAAUGCAAUAAUACCAGUGAUUUAGAUUACGAAUCUGAAUUAACUUUCGGGAGAACCGGAGUUAUGUGGUUUAAUUCCGUUGAAGACAUACAAAAAGAAAUCCUUUCUAACGGGCCUGUAACUGCAAAUUUCGAUGUAUAUGGCGAUUUCAUUACCUACACAUCUGGUGUCUAUCGACACGUUACUGGACCGAAAUUGGGUGUCCACACCGCGAGAAUAAUUGGAUGGGGAACUGACUUUGAAUCAGGCACUCCUUACUGGAUAAUGGCGAAUUCGUGGAAUGAAAAUUGGGGUGAAAACGGCUUCUUUAAAAUAGUAAGGGGUAAAAACGAAUGCGGUGUCGAAAGCGAGGUGUUCGCAGCAUUGCCUAAAUUGUAAUAAUUUGUAAAUGGUUAUUAAUAAAAUUAUUUUAGUUUAUUGCAAAUUAGAAUUUUUCAUUCGCCCUUCUAUUACUGAUUCAUUCAUAUAGUUUUCUUUAUCAGAUGAUUCUAUAAUUUGCAGCAAUUUCUAUUGUUAGGUGGUCCUUAUUCGACU